GUCAUCGGACAAGUGUAUAUAAGACCCCCUUGCAGUCCAUUCUGCAUCACAAGAUCUCACAACGUCUUCGCAGUCAGCAACAUCUCCAUCCCCGACAGAAUCAAAAUGCUGAGAAUCACCUGUGUUGUUUUCGUCCUGGCCGUUGUUGUCAUGGUAUCCGCAAGGAGGGAUUCUCUCACCAAGGCUGUGAUUAAGGCAAGCGGGAACCCGAAUCUUAGCGCUGGUGGAGCAACCCUUUACCGAGAUGCUGAGGGUAUGGCUGAGUCAUGCGACACUGGAAUGGUCACUACACUCGGUGGAGUUUCCUACGCUGAAGCUGGGGAUUCGGCUGAUGAUGCUCUCGCAUUUGCAUCCAAACUGGGUGCUGAACUGUCUGAUGCAAGCACGGUCGCUUGUGAAGCUUACAAAUGCCCGGACGGAACUGUCAUCGGUGCCUGUGCCUUCGCCUAGAAGAACGAUUGACAUUAAGGCUGACCGGAACAAGACGAACACGCACUAUGGGAUAUUCGGUCGUUUUGUAAUGACUUGUGUAGAUAAAUAAAAGAUGAUCAUCCAAA